UGAAAAAGUUUUAAUUUCAAAUGAAGUUUGUCCAGGGAAGGGGGGUGCGGAGCGGAGCGGUGCGGUGCGGGCAGGAUAGUCGGAUGGGCAAUAAAAUAAUCAAAGCGUGCACAAAAGUGCAACGGGAAUUGCCGAAAAACCGGUUACAAAAAAUGCAAUACAGUAAACCCCUGUCCGCAGUACUGCUGGGUAGUCUCCUGUUAAUGGGCCUGGCCAUGGCCCAGGAGGAUCGCUCCUCGGAUGCCCCCCAUGUGCGGCACAAGCGUGGAAUCUUCUGGGACUUUUUCCAAAAAAUGGUCAUUACCAAGAACCUGAUAGUGGAUCAAUAUACGGACACCAGGAACACCCUGAAUGAUAUAUACAACACCGUCAACGAGCAGUUCAGCGAUCCGGGCCCCGCGAAGCCCACCACUCGUCCACGCAGCACAACCGAGAAGGCGUCCGUCAGUGGAGAGGACAGCGGAGGUGGGAGCAGCAGCAGCGAUGAGCCCACGACCACAGAAGCAUACAGGAUAUCCCGCUACGAGCUGGGCCGCAUCCUGGGCCGCAACUUCCGGGGCUUGCAGCGCCUGGCGAUGAGCGAGUUUGGAGAAGCCCUCAAUGCCACCAAGUACAAUCUGAAGGAGUACAAGUCCGAGGCGGAUCAGCAAUUCGCCAACAGCCUGGCUGUCGAGAAGAAGAACAAACUGAAGAGUCUCAAGGGCUGACACUUGUAGGAUACCACCCCUCACUCCACCCCUCAACCAGUGCCUGAUAGUAGUUGUCUCUGUGAUAGGCUUCCUGCAUUACUACAUAUACAUAUAUGAUAUCUAUUAUUAUUUUUU